AGAAAAAUCCUCGAAGCAUAAGGGCACACAAGUCAAUAGAGAUAAUGAUGCCUUGGAAAAAAUUAGCGACCUCGGAAGUAGUUGGGAGAUUGAUGACGAAAUUGAUCUCUUCUCGCAACCUCCACGUAAAUCAACCUUUUACCAAUCCUUUCAAGGUCAUACAGACUGGGUCAACGAUAUAAUACUCUGUCAUAACAACGAAACAUUAAUUUCCGCCUCCUCGGAUCGAACAUUAAAGCUUUGGCACCCUCAAAGAUCCAACAGUCCAAGCACCAUCGGUUAUCACACCGAUUACAUCAAAACCUUAUCAUACGCACGUGGUCCGGGCUGGCUGGAGACAUUCUACGCCGGCAGCAAAGAUGGACUUGUUACGAAAACCGAUUAUAGUGGAUGUGCGGAAAUUCGGGAUGGGGAAUGCGCUGCUGUUUGUAAAGAAGAUGCCGGCGUUGUAAAGACGACAAAUACAUAUGGACAGCAACAUUCGAUUCCAGCAUCAAAAGAUGGGUACAUGUCUGUUUCGCUAUGCAUAUCGGAAUCCACCAUCUCGAAAGACGUGUCUUUGCGUCGUGAGUGCCGAGUUCGCACUUCCUCCACCUCUCCUAUCUCGCCUCCACCUUCACCAAUACCUUCAUCUGCUUUGAUAAAGCUCACCUCCACUGGUGUAGCAAUGGAUUCUGAGAUCGCCACCUUACAUUCUGUCAUAAUGGAUGAUAUGGAAAAUUUGGAUAACGAAGAUUCAGUUCCGGUCAGAAGUGUACCAGACUACGUGUUGGAAGGCCAACAUGGAUUGAUAAAACAUUGCAUAUUAAACAAUCGAAGGCAUAUCCUUACCGUUGAUAGUUCGGGAGAGGUCGCUUUGUGGGAUAUAAUUCGGUGUGUACGCAUUGAAACAUAUGGCAAAAGAGAUAUCGAAGAGGUUGCAUCCGAGAUUAAUACCAUUGAAUCGAUUCCGAAUUGGUGCUCAGUAGAUACUCGUAUUGGGGCUUUAACAGUUCACCUCGAUGAAAACCGUUGUUUUGACGCGGAAAUGUAUGCGGAUGAAGAUAAAUCGAUCGACAAUGCGAAUCUACGUGAGGACCAAAGAAUUAACCUUGGCAAAUGGGUAUUACGCAACUUGUUUGCGACCUUUACGAAAGCCGAGAUUCAAGAGUAUGAAGAGUUGCAACACAUCUUGAGGCAGUAUGGCGAACAAAACAAGCCGGAAAGCAGAAUAUCACCCCAGCAUAUUUCAUUUCCACCUGCGACUUUACAUUCAGGACAGUUGAAUAAUACGGACUCUACCUCUAGCUCAAUUUAUCAAAAAACAAUUGAUACACUCACAUCAUCAUCGUCACCACAAUCACCGCUUACCAAGUCUCCAACAACGAUGACUGCUCUUCCCCCUACCACACCUCAGGCCGCUUUUACCACUGGUCCUUUCACUGCACCGGCGACAACAGGAACAUCGCAGGCAGAUUAUUUCUCCGGUUCUCAUCAUAAUUCUCCCACAAGCCCUACUGGAGCUUCUGGUAGUCUUACACCUCCGGGUACUGCAGGCUCAGAAACGUUAGGAGGGACAUUAUCGACGGCCGAAGUAAUAAAACCUCCACCUCCGGCUUUAGUAAAUCAACCCUCCGGUGGGAAUGCUACAUCAAACUCUUUUAUGGGACUUAUCAAAGGCUUUAGUCGUAAAGCAUCUAGAUCAAACACAGAUACAAAACUAGAAGGAAGCACCGAAAGUUAUACCGGAACUAAGUCUGGUGAUUCAAAGUUAACGGUUUCCACUCAGCCUAUUGAGGAAGACACACCUAAUUCCAAUUUGCGAAAGGAUGAUGAUGCAACGGUCAAUUCGGCUGGGGAAUCCACAUCCCAGGUCAACAUCCAAUCACAACAAACAGAUAAUUCAGGUUUUUCAACUCAGCCCAUUCGCCAAUUUCAUCACCUUAUACAACCUCCGUUCUACCCUCACCCAACAAAUGAUACACCUGAAAUUCAAAUACCGCCACAUACAACGGUAAUAAUUUCUGAAGAAACACCUGAGGCUUCAGCAUAUGUUGACCUAUACCGCGGAACAGUCGGAUCAUUGGGUAGAGAUGUGGAGAUCAUCGAUAAAAACGCUCCGAAUUGGCUCAUUGAAUUUUUAAUCAAGAAUAAGGUUUCACAGAAAGAGCAGACCAAGAUAGGCUUCAUCUUGAAACCACAUGACGGUUCCGAUCUUAAUGAUCUUCCAAAUGGGUAA